AUGAAUGUAAUCAGUGUGGAAAAACUUUCACGCAGUGGGGCCAUCUUGCUACGCAUGAGAAAAUCCACAAGAGAAAGAGACCUCUUGAAUAAGAUCCAUACUGGAGAGAGACCUUUUCAGUGUAACCAAUGUGGGAAGGCUUUCACACAUAGGGGCAAUCUUGUGGCACAUCAGAAAAUCCACAGUGGAGAGAAGCUUUUUGUAUGUAAUCAAUGUGGAAAGGCUUUCACAGAGAGCUCCCAUCUUGCUGCACAUCAGAGAAUCCACACUGGAGAGAGACCUUAUGUUUGCAAUCAGUGUGGAACGGCUUACACACAAAGAGGCCAUCUUGCUGCACAUCAGAAAAUUCACAGUGGAGAGAAGCCUUAUGGAUGUAAUCAAUGUGGAAAGGCUUUCACACAGAGCUCCAGUCUUGCCAAACACCAGAGAAUCCACACUGGAGAGAAACCUUUUGAGUGUAAUCAGUGUGGAAAGGCUUUUACACAGAGGGGCCAUCUUGCUACGCAUCAGAAAAUUCACAGUGGAGAGAAGCCUUAUGGAUGUAAUCAAUGUGGAAAGACUUUCACACAGAGCUCUCAUCUUGCUACACAUCAGAAAAUCCACAGUCGAGAGAAGCCUUAUGGAUAUAUUCAAUGUAGAAAGGCUUUCAGACUCACCUCCAGUCUUGCUUUACAUCAAAGAAUUUACACUGACGAGAAACCCUAGGAACUUCAUUCAGCAUGUGAGAAGAGGAUAUAAGUAUUGUGUUCCAUAAGACAAUAAUCUAUGACAAUGUUGGUUCAAAUUCACGCAGCAUUCAUAAACCUUUAAGUGUUUGAUAGGUUUUCAAACUCCCAACUUGGUGUGUUCUGUAGGUAGGUUUAUUAGCAAAGCAAUAAUCACAGUAUAGACAAUAAUUGUCAAUAUGCCUAUGUAGUUCUGUAU